UUUAAAUAAACAGUCAAAAACUCAAAACUCAAAAGACGAACGAACGGUUAUCGCGUGUAACACUGUACUAACUUUUGUUACUGGUUAAUUUGGAUUUUAACUUAUCAGGGUGACCUUUUAUGAUCCAAUAAAGAACACGAUUGAGCUGUUACAAAAUGUCUCAACAACAAACCAAGAACUGCAUCACUUUACGAGGAUCUGCGCAAAUCCUUUGUGAAUACCUUAAGUUCGCAAUAAAUUCAGUUUUGUUUCAAAGAGGUUUAUAUCCACCGGAAAGUUUUAAAGCUGAACAACAAUACGGCAUAACGUUGCUAAUAUCCGAGGACCCACAAAUUAAGGACUUUUUGAAUAAUUUGCUUACACAGAGUGAAGAAUGGAUUAUCAAGAAGAAAAUAAACAAACUGUCCUUAAUAAUUCUCAAUGUAGCAAACAAAGAAAUUCUAGAAUGUUGGGAUUUCAAUGUUCAAUAUGAAGAUGGUGAUAUCGCUCUAUCUAAGGAGAAAAAUGAGACCGUCGGCAGUAAGGACAUUAAGAAAAUACAACAAGAGAUACGAGACGUCAUGUUGCAGGUAGCCGCAACAAUAUCAUACUUACCAUUCUUAGACUGUAGAUGUUCCUUUGACGUACUUGUACACGCUAAAACUGAUUGCGAUGUACCAGACAAAUGGGCUGAAGCAGAGCCCGUCUCAAUAGCAAAUGCACAAAAUGUACAGUUGAAAUCAUUUACCACUAGUGUUCAUAAAAUGGAAACUGUUGUAAGUUAUAAAUUUGUAGAUUAGUUUAAAUGUAAAAUUAGUUGUAUUUUAGUAUUGUAAUGUCAAUGAAAUAGCUACUAGUUACUAAGCUGUAUGCUUUUCAUGAGAUCUUAAAGCAGGUUGCCAAUGUGAAAAAGAGAAGCAGCUACAUGACCUAUUCUGCUGUGGUAUAACUAAAAUGCCAUUAUCCAACAUCUGGUAAAUUUUCAACUUUUGAUGCUACAUCAAUGAGAAAACAAAAAUCUAUCAAUCUGUGUUUGCAAAUUUUCAAUAUCUUGAAUAGUUUUGGAAAUUCACAAACACAGAUCAGAAUUUAAUUUAUACCACAGCAGUAUAAUUGCUCUGUCUCGUUUCUACAGAGGCAACAGUUCUGCCUUAAGAACUUAUAGUACAGGCAUGGAUCAUGUUUUACAAACAGUAUUAAAUAGUAAUUUUGGAAUUGAUUUUACCAAAGUUCGUUUUUAAUACAUUAUUUUUUAGUUUAAUUUUAUUAUGACAUCUGUUUUAAUGAAAUUUUGCAGCUUAAUAUGCAGGGCCCCAAUUUCGCUAUUUAGUAUGCGGUGGAACAUUUAAUUUCGAUACAACAAUUUUCAAUUUUUAUGUUAGGAAAAUGUCAAUGUCAUUUUAAUUGAAUGUCCAUUCACUCCUCAAUGAUUGCAAAUAGAAGAAUUGUGGCCCAGUUUUAGAACUUAUCUGAUGUAUAAAUUUUAUGUUUAUAAACUAGGUUAUUAUUUUUUAAACAUUGCAUCAUUAAAACAGCUUCUGCAGAGCUAUGUAUUAUAGGAAACCUGCUUAUUAUUUAAUACUCUCAUUGCUUGUCUUAGCUAUACAUACAAAAAACUACUUUUAAAUUUUGUAAAUAGUAUUUAAGAGCCAAGUCUUAACUUGUUUUUAAAUGAAAUGAUACAUUUCUGCUUUUAAACUUGUCUAUUUUAAACCAACUUCAAAAAAACGAGGAGGUCUUUGAGUUUGUUACCUCAGAACUUUGGACUGGAUAAUCUGAUUUUGAU